AUGGGUUCUUCCGCUAAAGAUCAAAAACCACCCGAUGGGGUCUCGAUUUAUGACUCUAAACAUGCUCCUGGCCCUGGCGACGUUCAGAUGUCCUGGGCGCAAAUUGUUCAAAAAAAGCGUGUCUCAUACAUGCACGAUACAUGCACGAUACAUGCAUACCCGCAGAUUCUUCCCAAGCCACCGACAAUUGGACCAUUCGUCGGUCCCAUGUUUAUCGCGUCGCCCGUCAAUAUCCGGAAAACACCGGGGUCAUUUCCUCAUCGCGAAGGCAACCGACGAGUCAUCAUCGAAAUUGAUUUCGAUCUGAAGCAGGACGCAUCUGACAGAGCGGAUACUGCCGGCAUCGAAUUCGAAAAGUCCCUUUUAAAUUCUUGCAACUGGAGCCAUGCCAUCAAAUGGCAUCAUUAA